AAAAGUUUAUCUUAAUACGUAUUCGUAAAUGCCCUCUGGAAGCUGCAAGAGUCAGAUCAUAGUCCUAGGUAAAUGUCAUCACUCAUCAUCGGAUUCUAACAACAUGCCCAUCAUCUUCAAAACACAAAGGAGUGGAAGCUAACAAACAACGCAUCAUCAUUUUUUUGUCCUCUUUAUAUAUCUUCUUUCCUAUUUUUUAUCUUUUUAUUGUUUUGUAUAUAAAAUCCCUAAAUUCCCGUUUUAUGUAACGGACAUAAUAAGCCGCGUACGGCGUAUCCGGCAAAUCGGCCCAGCUCGAGCCAUCAUCAAUCUACGGAGGAGAUCCAUCUCUCUCUCUCUCUCCAUAUCGCAACAACACUGCUGAAGAUUUCGGGGGUUGUCGACGGAGCUGGAAUCUAGCUUUUUCUUCUCCAGAUCUCUAAACCGAUUCUCACCGGUUAAUUGGUAUUAUAAAGCCAUGGUUCUUGAUGGGCUUGUAUCUUCACCGUCAAGGAGACAACAAUGUCUAAAGAAGCAGUGGGACGAGUUGGGUAGCUGGUCGACUCUUAUUCAGAGGCAUCAAUAUCUCUUAACAGCUUUGGCUCUUUUGGCUUUCCUCUGUACUGUUUAUCUUUACUUUGCAGUCACUUUAGGCGCUAGGCACUCGUCCUGCUAUGGCUUGACCGGGAAAGACAAGGCAAUGUGUCAAUUACAACUUGUUCAAGCUCUCUCCAAAGGGAAACUUAAAUUCUUCUAGACUGUUUAUCUAUCGGUGAAAGUUUGAAACCCCCACAUUUAUUGUUCUUGUACUAAAACAUUCUUUUUCUUCUUUAUUCUAUAAUGCAAUUUGUGUGUAUUAUUACAUGGUGAAAUAAAACCAGAGAUUCAUAAUUGAAAGAUAACUUUAUUUCAUCAGAUGAGAUGAGAGUAUACAUGUGCACUGUUUUGAGUCGGAUCGUCACCUC